AUGGCCCAAUUCCUUGAUCGGUAUCGCAUUAUUGAAGCCCAAAAAGAAGAGUCUGUCAAUUUUAUAAAGGAUCUCCUUGUCUACAUUGAUAAACUCGAAAACGACCUCCGCGGCGAGAACGAUCGCCUUUCGAAAGAGCUAGACGACGCGCAGCUGGACUUGGAGGAUGCCAGACGUAGUCGUAGGGAGAUGCAGCAGCAGCUGAGUGUUACAAGCGCGCAACUGGGACGAUAUAAUACCGACAAUGAAUCUCUGAAGAACCGAAAUCCCUACAUAAUUUUGUUAAUUGACGGUGAUGGUACCAUUUUCCACGAAGAAUAUAUACGACAAGGACUCGAGGGCGGUAAAAAGGCAGCCAAUGCCCUCCGAAACGCCGCCCUGGAACAAUGCCCCAAUAUAUCAGACGACGUCGAAGUUAUAGCUAAAAUCUUUGCGAAUGUUUCUGGCCUGGCUAAGGCUAUGAAGCGCGUGGGCGUACUGGAUAAUGCCGAUGAUCUGCGCGAGUUCACGUUAGGCUUUACGCAGGGCAAGGCCUCAUUUGACUUUAUUGAUGUUGGGCAUGGCAAGGAGAGGGCGGAUUCAAAGAUUAGAGAGGCCACAAGAUGGAAUAUCCGAAACCACAACUGCAAACAAAUCCUCCUCGGCGUCUCCCACGACGCCGGCUACGCCCCCUUCCUCGACGAAGUCCUACGCGACGAAUCCACCACCCGCCGCGUCUCCAUCAUCGAGGGGACCCCCAUCGUGCGCGAGCUCGCCGCCACAGGCACCCGCGUCCUAAACUUUGACCAUAUCUUCCGCAACGACAAGCUCAUCGAGCGCCAAUCCCCCUAUAGCCAAUUCCAGCAGCUGUCGCACGGCGGCCUGCCACCGGCACAGCUCCAAGCCAUAGGCAAUGGUCGCAAUCAGAGCCCUACGCCGCCGAAUACCUGGGCGGGCGUUACUAGCAUUCCCCUUACUACGCCUCCACCGAUGGUUUUCCCCGUGACUCUCAAGAAUGGCACGUCUGGCGCUGCUGCCGCUGCCGCAGCCGCUGCGGUCAACAUUGUCACGCCGCACCCUAAACUCGACGACUGGGUCCCCGGAGACCGCGGUCUAGAUCCCACCCUCACCAUCUCGGCCGUCGUGCUAGAGCGCACCAAGCGCCGCGCCGGAAACACAAAACUAUGCAAUAACCACUACCUCCGCGGCCCGUGUCCCAAGGGCGACGAAUGCGUCUUCGAGCACAAACACAAAGCCAGCGAGGAGGAGCUCAAAGCCAUCGCCUACCUUACGCGAUUGAAUCCCUGCGUGAAUGGCCAGGAUUGCGAUGUCGAGUACUGCAUUUAUGGACACCAUUGCCCCAGCGUGGGGCUGAAUCUCGCGGCGAUUUGA